UAUUGGGACACCACUCCAAAUCAUUGGAUUCAGGUGUUCCACCUCCAUGGCCACAGGUGUAUAAAAUAAAGCAUUUAGGCAUGCAGACUGCUUCUACAAACAUUUGUGAAAGAAUGGGUCGCUCUCAUGAGCUCAGUCAAUUCAAGCGUGGUACCGUGAUAGGUUGCCACCUGUGCAAUAAGUCCAUCCAUGAAAUUUCCUUGCUACUAAAUAUUUUAUGGUCAACUGUUAGUGGUAUUAUAACAAAGUGGAAGCAACUGGGAACAAUAGCAACUCAGCCACACGAAGUGGUAGGCCAUGUAAAAUGAUAGAGUGGGGUCAGCGCAUGCUGAAGCGCACAGUGCGUGGAAGUCACCAGCUGUCUGCAGAGUCAAUAGCUAAAGACCUCCAAACUUUGUGUGGCUUUCAGAUUAGGACAACAGUGUGUAGAGAGCUUCAUGGAAUGGGUUUCCAUGGCCGAGCAGCUGCAUCCAAGCCUUAUAUCACCAAGUGCAAUGCAAAGCAUCAGAUGCAGUGGUGUAACGCACACCCCCACUGGACUCUUGAGAAUGGUACUUACCUGACUGCAUUGUGCCAAGUGUAAAGUUU